AUGUCGAUGUCUAAGAGUUCCAAGAUGCUGCAGUACAUCAAUUACCGAAUGCGCGUCACCAUUCAGGAUGGACGCCAGCUCGUCGGAAAAUUCAUGGCGUUCGACCGCCACAUGAACCUCGUCCUCGGCGACUGCGAGGAGUUCCGUAAGCUUCCUCCGGCCAAGGGCAAGAAGCCCGCCGAUGGUGGCGACCGUGAGGACCGCCGCACCCUCGGCCUUGUCCUUCUCCGCGGUGAGGAGGUCAUCUCCAUGACCGUCGAGGGCCCACCCCCGCCGGAAGAGUCCCGCUCAAAGGCUGUCAGUGCCGCCGCGCUCGCUGGCCCUGGCAUCGGUCGUGCUGCCGGCAGAGGCAUUCCUCCCGCCCCCGUUGUCCAGGCCCAGCCUGGUCUUGCUGGCCCAGUUCGAGGCGUAGGCGGCCCUGCUCCAGGCAUGAUGCAGCCGCAGAUCUCGCGCCCACCACAGCUCAAUGCGCCGCCUGUCUCGUAUCCUGGCGGUCCGCCGGUGAUGCGACCACCGGGGCAGAUGCCAGGGCAAUUCGCUCCUCCCCCCAUGGCGAGGGGUCCGCCUCCUCCGAUGCCACCCGGGCAGUUUGCUCCUCCCAGACCUGGUGGUGGUCCACCGCAAUUCUCCGUUCCGCCGCCGCAGUUUGGCCAGCGCCCCAUGGGACCUCCCCCUCCUGGACAGAUGGUUAGAGGACCUCCGGCUCCUCCUCGCCCUGGGAUGCCUGCGCCGCCUCCUCCUCGUCCUGGCAUGCCGCCACCACCUGGCAGCGGUGUUCCGGUGUUUGGUCCUCCUCGACCUGGCAUGCCUCCUCCGCCAAACCCUCCAAAUCAACAGCAACAGUAA